AGUAGUAUCUGCGUUGAAGGAAAGCUCCGUCCUCUCCCACUGGCUGCUAUGACCUAGCUACCGGACGAUACUUUCUGCUUUCAAGACUGACCGCUGCGUUUGAAAUAGUUUUGUUGUAGCGUUUUGGCAAUCAUACAUUCAUACAGUUGUUUAUGGUUGCAUUGCCGUGACUUUUUAAUCGUAGCUGCUGGCCUCUGAGGCUAGCUGGCUAGCAGAGCAGUGCCAGAGUGGAGCCAGUUGGUCGGACAGAGGUACAGUAACGUUAGCAAACAAGCUAAUUAGCCGGAAAGACUGGAUUACUGUCUUUAAUCAAAGAGAGCGCAAGUCUGCGGUUUCACCCACUGCGGCAAAAUGAAGAUAACUGUGGACUUCGAGGAAUGUUUGAAGGACUCCCCACGGUUCAGAGCCACCAUAGAGGAAGUGGAGGGGGAUGUGUGCGAGUUGGAAUCCAAGCUUGACAAAUUGGUGAAGUUGUGUAUUGGGAUGAUUGAUGCUGGAAAAGCCUACAAUGCAGCCAACAAGCAGUUUGUUAGCGGCAUCCGGGAGCUAGCCCAGCAGUCCACCAAAGAUGAGGUCAUUGAGUCCAGUCUCACAAAGUUUGCUGAGAGCCUGCAGGAGAUGAUCAACUAUCACACGAUAUUAUUUGAUCAGGCCCAGAGAUCAAUCAAGAUCCAGCUUCAAACAUUUGUCAAAGACGACAUACGUAAGUUCAAAGAAGCCAAGAAGCAAUUUGACAAAGUGAGCGAGGAAAAGGAGGCGGCGUUGAUCAAGAACGCCCAGGCUCCCCGGAACAAGCAGCAUGAGGUGGAGGAGGCCACCAACAUCCUCACUGCCACACGCAAGUGCUUCCGACACAUCGUCCUUGACUACGUCUUACAGAUCAAUGUGCUACAAUCAAAGAGAAGAUCGGAAAUCCUGAAAUCAAUGUUGUCCUUCAUGUACGCCCACCUGACGUUCUUUCACCAAGGAUAUGACCUCUUUAGUGAACUACAACCUCUAAUGAAACUGCUUGGAGGACAGUUGGACCAGCUGGUGGUGGAUGCUGCCAAAGAGAAGAGGGACAUGGAGCAAAAACACUCCACCAUCCAGCAAAAGGCUGCUCUGCAGGAGGUGACUCAGCCCGAGUCUUUACCAGACUGCUACAACUUUUGCGCUUGGAGGUCGACCUCCGACUUCUCGAAUGACGACACCAAGCUGGAGUACAAUGUGGAUGCAGACAACGGCAUCGCAAUGGAGGGUUAUCUGUUUAAGAGGGCCAGCAAUGCCUUCAAGACGUGGAAUAGGCGUUGGUUCUCCAUCCAGAACAAUCAGCUAGUUUACCAGAAGAAAUUUAAGGACAACCCAACAGUGGUGGUGGAAGAUCUUAGGCUAUGCACCGUCAAACACUGUGAGGACGUAGAGCGUCGCUUCUGUUUUGAAGUGGUGUCACCCACCAAGAGCUGUAUGAUGCAGGCAGACUCAGAAAAACUGCGACAGGCCUGGAUCAAAGCUGUCCAGAACAGCAUCGCCACCGCCUUCCGUGACAAGGGAGAUGAAGGCGAGAAGCUGGAUAGAAAGUCGUCCACGUCAACAGGAAGCCUGGACUCUGGUGGGGAGCCAAAGGAGAGAUCACUGAAAGGAGAGAGUGCCCUGCAGAAGGUCCUGGCAAUCCCAGGCAACACCUGCUGCUGUGACUGUGGGCAGCCAGACCCCCGUUGGGCCAGCAUCAAUCUGGGCAUUACCCUCUGUAUACAGUGCUCUGGUAUCCACAGGAGUCUGGGAGUCCAUUUCUCUAAGGUUCGGUCUUUGACUUUGGAUACAUGGGAGCCAGAACUUCUAAAGUUGAUGUGUGAACUGGGAAACGGAGUGAUCAACCAGAUCUAUGAGGCUCGGCGAGAGGAGCUAGGAGCCAGAAAACCCCAGCCAGGAGAUCCAAGACACGAGGUAGAGGCCUACAUCAAAGCCAAAUACGUGGACCGCCGGUUUGUACGCCGGCCGUCAGAUGAGGAGCUUCGCAACAAAGUGGUUUCUCUGAGCAAACAGGAGAAAAGGCUGAGCAGCAGCUCUGAGCAUCUGCCCCCAAGACCGCCACCGCCCACCCCAAAACUCCGACCCGGUCAGUCAGCUGUUGCCAGUGGCAUGGAGGCUCGCCGUGACUCUCUCUUCUGUCCUGAUGAGCUUGACUCGCUCUUCUCCUACUUUGACAACUCUGCCAAGCUCAGGAGCAUAAAAAGUGCAGACAGUGGCAUCCAGAAUAGUGCUGAUGGGAGCAGGGAGAUGCUGGCCAACACCCCUUCCAAUAACAGCCUGACAGAUGCAGACGCUGCUGAGUCUCCGCCCAUGGCCAUGCCGGCCACACUGCCUCCUCCGUCACCCUGUAAAGAGGUGGUUUUCUAUGAGCCCAAGGAGUACAGCUCGGGUCUGCAGCUCUACUGGGCUGCAUGUGCCCGCAGCCUGCCGGACAUGUCGGAGGCACUGGCCCACGGAGCCGAGGUCAACUGGGUCAACACGGAGGAUGACAAGAGGACGCCACUUAUCAUGGCGGUGCAGGGGGGUUCGCUGGUCACCUGUGAGUUUCUGCUCCAAAAUGCAGCUAAUGUGAACCAGCAGGACGCUCAGGGCCGAGGACCUCUGCACCAUGCCACCAUGCUGGGACACACAGGGCAAGUGUGUUUAUUCUUAAAAAGAGGAGCAAAUCAAAAUGCUGCAGACAUUGAUGAGAAAACACCCCUGACAAUAGCCGUGGAUGCGGCCAACGCAGACAUUGUCACACUGUUGCGAUUGGCCAAGAUGAACGAGGAGAUGCGAGAGGCGGAGGGGCCCUACAGCCAGUCAGGUCAAUAUAACACCAACAGCCCCACCGAGAUGCAGUACAGGAAGUGCAUGCAGGAGUUUAUUAGCCUGCAGUUGGACGAAACUUAACCGUUUGCUCUUGUUUAAAGAAAGGGGCCACAUACUGUAAAACCAGACUUGUCAGAGGAAAUGUAAAGCCCAGAUUUCUGAGUUGGGGUCAGUUGACUGAAACACUCCAAGAUAACCCAGACAAUUUAUUCUCAGUGGUUUGAUUACAAAUUGGAGGCCGCAUUUUUAUUAAGAGACCUCCAGGUGAGGGGAAAUUUGAUCCACUGAUUAGAGUGAACUGAGUCCAACUCUGUCAGUUGGGCUCCUGUGUCCUGCUGUAUUGUGAGUGCAACUCUCAUCUUAAUGUCCCAGCUCCUGCCAGGUGCUGGGCCAGCUGCACCUUGGUGUGGUAUAACGUUAGGUGCUAUACUGUAUUAAUGUGACAGGGUUAAAGCCAUCGACUCUCAGUUUUCCAUUAAGUGACUAUUACUACUACUUAUUAAUGUAAAAUAAUUGAUAGCACAAAAUUAAAAGAAACAUACACUUUUUAUGAGGUAGUCUGUACUUAUUCCCUUUUUAAGUUUAAAAACUUUUGCAGAUUUCCUCUAUACUGUAUAAGAGGUGUUCAGUGAUUCAUAGCAGUUAAUGAGAAAUUAGUUUCUUUGGCUUUCAAUUAGUGUUGUGUCUCUAGCUACCCAGUAACUGCCAACAGUAUCCAGUUACCUCAAAGUGAUAAUCAGGCAAUAAUCGUGACUUUAGAAUUGUUUUUAAUUAUCUGACCCAUCUGGAGAGGCGUAGGGUGUUUCUAUAAAUCACUAAGUUUCAUUUGAAAUUGUCCUGUCAGAAGUAAUUUAUGCACAUUCCUAUUAAUGGUUAUGCAACUACUGUACAAUGUCCUGCAAUUGUAUGGUUCCUAUUUGAAGUCUUAACCAUUGUAAAGGUCUGUUUAUUUAUUUGAACUGUUCGUUGUCCAAACAUAAUGCAUCUUGCUGUUGUGACAUGCUUGGGCAGAAGUCUAUUUUAGAAGAGUUUUCUUUUAUAACUAUAAUUCUAGGAACUGUAUAAUAAGUAUACUUACUGUAUAUGUUGUAAAUGAUUAGAUUGACUGGUUGCACAGGGGUGAGUGCCACGAGGGGCUCUGUGUUAACAUCCUUAUUUAUUUAUUGUUGAUUGUAUGGUAUUUACUUCCUGUUAUGACAAUAUUGUGUCUUGGUUAUUAGUCGGUUAAGUGUGCUUGCUCAUUGCCUGUAAUAGCGGGAAAUCCAGAAUUGUAAGAUGAUGAAGGCCUUUUACUGUCAUUGCGUUGAUUGUAUCGAAUGUUAGUGGGGUUUUUACUCAGAGGGUGGUACAUCGUCAAGCAAAAAGUGCAAUAGUGUAGGAAAAUAUCCACAUGUAACAGUGUAUAUAUUCUUAUCACCUGCUGGUCCUAGCUUAUAUUUAUCUUAAUUAUAUGGGAGAGUCGAAGCUCACUGGAGUUUUAUUGAUAGGUAAGGAAUUAUUGAAACGUACCCCACUUUCAUCCCAUGUCCUCCGCUCCAUGCAGCCCCAAAUCCUGGGAGGGCACAAAAGCACUUUGAUUAAAUGUUAAUUUCUGAUUGAUGGAACAGCGCCCCCUGGUGCUGGGAGAACAGUAUGUGAUGUUUUAAAUGGCUGACUUGCGAGGGGGUGCAUUCAGUAGUUACAAUAGAGAUUAGUGAUUGUGUUCACAGGUAAAGGAAGUUCUUGUGUCCUUUAGAGUAGAUGCUGAUGGCGUUUCUUGAAAACUCUUAGAUCGGAGGGUAAAGGGACUCGUGUAUCUUUGUGUGUUGACCACAGGAGGGAGGGCUGCGCUCAGAAAUGUCCACGAGUAAAGCAUCGUAUAUCGAGGGCUAGAUGUGCCACUUUACGUAGCCAGAAUUAUAUAUUAUGCUAUUAGCCUGAAUGCUGCUUUUUAUUUUUUUUAAAGCGGAUAUACUCCGUGGUCAUUUUUUCACUUUUUAAAAAUAAGUCGGGAAUGUUUUGGACCUGAAUGAUAAAGAAUGAAUUCUUCUUCUUUUUUCUUUAGCGUGUGCAAUGCUUGUUGCUAGGGAAUGUUACCGAAACGAUCGCCUGCUGUCGUUGCAAUAAAAGUCAGCAGCAGACACAUCAGCAAUGACCAUGAGAGGAACAGAAGGAGUUUUGUCUUGAGCAGAUUAGAGUCUGAAGUAUGUGCUUCCAGUCACUAAAUGAUCCUCAAGUUGUUUAGCUUUGCGAGGGGAUUUGCCACGGCGCCGUCCUCUUUGAGACCCGAGGGCCUCGUCAUCAGCGCCUCCAAUCAGUUGAUGAAUGAUGGGAUUGAUUAGGAACAUUCAGGGGUAAUGAAUGUGAGGGAGGACUAACCUCAUCAAUCCACGUCUCCCUUUUUAUUAAAGUGACUGUUCCCUCGGCUCAAGUGUUUCUACCAGAUUGAGUGUGUGGAAGAAGUAGGCUACAGAGCGGUGGUUCUCAGCCUACGGCUUGAUUUUUGGGGGCAUUUUAACAUCAAUGUACGAAAUCCGGGGAAGUAUGUUUAUUUUUUUAAACGUAAUGAUACUACUUUUAAUAUUUGUAUAUUUUUUUCUUUAAUCAGUAUUUGUCUCCUGUAGUCUUCUAAAAAAUUUAAAAACCUGAAAAGAGAAGAUUUACUCUUGAAACUUAAACAGAUUGAGAACCGCUGCUCCGGGUGUAAGAGGAGGCUCUCUCUCUCUUCUUUAACACACUCUCCUUUAUUACUCUCAUCUACUCUCUCUCUCUCUCUCUCUCUCUCUCUCUCUCUCUCUCUCUCUCUCUCUCUCUCUCUCUCUCUCUCUCUGUAAAUUCACUCUCUCGGUUCUGUAUUUUGCUUUGCUUUUCUCACUCUCCUCCCCAGAGUUGUGUGCCUUUCUUCUGUUCUUUUUUUCUUUGGGGUGCUGAGAGGCAAACACAACUGUAUUUUUGUACAUAAACUCCUGCACUUUAAACACAAUACAGUUGGUAACAAAAAUGAA